AACUUUACCACAGAAUUAUGCCUGCUCACCAGAUGAAUCCCGCUCUCGAUCAGUAUACCGUGGGCUGGAUUUGUGCCCUCCCGGAAGAAUAUAAAGCUGGAGUCAGGAUGCUGGAUGUGGUAUUCCCUGGACUAGACGUCCGUCAACUCGGCGACAACAACACAUACACAUUCGGCCGCGUCGGGGCUCAUCAUGUCGUUAUCGGCUCUUUGCCCCUCGGGCGUUAUGGCACCAACUCUGCGGCGGUGGUAGCGAGAGACAUGGCUCGCACCUUUCCCAACGUACGCUACAGCUUGUUGGUGGGAAUCGGCGGAGGGGCACCAACGAGAGAACGAGAUAUUCGACUGGGCGAUGUGGUUGUCAGCGUACCGCAACCCACGUUCGGAGGUGUGGUGCAGUAUGACCUGGGGAUAGACCAGGGAGGUGGUCAAUUCCGACGAACCGGAUAUUUGAGUCCGCCGCCAGUGUUGUUUCUAGGAGCAAUCCCUGAAUUGCGACGGCGCCAAAACGAUCCCCGCAAACCUGACCGGAUCGCAGAGCAUAUCCAACGCAUGAAGGACGUGCCGGCGUUCAGACGACCUCAACACGACCAGCUGUAUCGGUCAGACUACCAUCAUCAGGGGGGAACGACCUGCAGGAGCUGUUCCCCCGGGGCGUGUGUCCAGCGUCCGCAGCAGUUCAAUACUCGAGAAAUCGCCACCCACUACGGGACAAUCGCCUCUGGUAACACGCUGGUCAAGGACCCGGCAAUGCGAGACAGAUAUGCCCAUGACCCGGAGUUGAAUGUCUUGUGCUUUGAGAUGGAGGCCGCCGGUCUGAUGAACAACAUCCCUUGUCUUGUCAUCCGGGGGAUCUGCGACUACUGCGACUCGCAUAAGAAUGAUGAAUGGCACAACUACGCUGCUCUGACGGCCUCGGCCUAUGCCAGAGAGCUUCUCCUCAUCAUCAGGCCGGAGAGGUCUUUUUAGCUAGCAGGCAUUUGACAGAUGCAAAGGAGAAGCAUGUCUUACCAUAAGCUGUACUAUAGCCAUCACUCUAUCUUAAACAGUUCUAAUCCUCAUA